UUAAUCUGCUAAUCAAUUCCAAUACUAUAACCUAAUUUCUUCUCUCCUUUUAACAAUCUGUUGGUAUAUAUAUAUAUAUACGUAUGUAGUUAUACUUACGAACUCUAAAGUUUACAUCCAAUAAUUAAUGAGGACAUUAUAAAUAUUCACAUAUAUACAUGGAGAGCUUACCAACCAUCACCAUGAAUUGAAUAACAAGCUUUUAUUAUCCUAGUUGCUUGCUUGAUGUUGUGCCUGUAAGCUUUAAAACCUUAUAUCAUUAUUCACAAUUGUCUCUUCCAAAACAGAAAAAUAGAAUUUUUUAUUCUUAUUCUGUGAAGCCUCCCUUGCUGCAAUCCGGCCCCUUUUGCUCUUUCAAUUCGAGUUGAUAGAGGCCUGAGGAACGAUGAUGGACGAAACGAGUGGAUGCAAUAGUGAUGAUCCAAGGACUUGUCCUCGUGGACACUGGAGACCUUCUGAAGAUGAAAAACUCCAACAGCUCGUGGAACAAUAUGGCCCUCAAAACUGGAAUUCGAUCGCUGAAAAACUUCGAGGAAGAUCAGGCAAGAGUUGCAGAUUGAGAUGGUUUAAUCAGCUUGAUCCAAGAAUAAACAGGAGACCAUUUACAGACGAAGAAGAGGUCAGGCUUCUUGCAGCACAUAGAGUACAUGGCAAUAAAUGGGCUCUUAUAUCCAGGCUUUUUCCAGGUAGAACUGACAAUGCUGUGAAAAAUCAUUGGCAUGUUAUUAUGGCCAGAAAACAAAGAGAACAAUCCAAGCUUUCUGGUAAACGAAGUCGUCAAGAAAUUAGUCAUAACUCCAAAUCCUUAUCUUAUGUUUUUCGCCGAGAAAAUUCAAGAUCCCAUGACGAAUAUAUGCCUAAAAUCAGCAAUGGAAAUAGUGGAAUUUUGGAAUUCCAAACCCAAAACAAAGAUCAAGUCUUCUCCAUGGCAUCGUCCUUCGAUUCACAUGCCUUAUGGUCGUUUUUGAUUCCAAGAAGUUCGAGGGAAAGUAACUCAUCUUCUGCUGCUGAUUCAUUUAUAAAAAAAGGAAGUGAUAAAUACAAUUCCAGCUCCAAUGGCUUACAUUUAAAUUCCUCGGUAUCUCGUGCCUUCGGGGAUUCAGUUGUAGCAUUUGGCACCCAAAACUACAAGAGGGUUGUUCCGUAUCCCUUUGGUGAUGGCAGUAGAAAACAUGGGAGAAUGAAUAGAGAUAAUUCAAUGAGUAUUAAUGUCGAUAGUGUACACCCAUUUGCUAAUGCAAGGACUAGUAUAGAGCAGAAACAAGAAGACCAAUCCAUCCACAAAAAGGACAUUCCCUUCAUAGAUUUUCUUGGUGUAGGUAUUUCUUCUUGAUAACUAUAUUAUUUAAUUCUUUUUCUUUCAAUUUACAUAGCACUAUUGGCAUGAAGAGUGCAUCUUAGUCCAGUCUCAAGUUUAAGCUAAAUGAUGGCAUAAUUAUUAACAAGCUCAGUUUGACAUAGAUUAAUUUUAUGAGAUUAGAUGCUAAUGUAUUUUUAUAGUUUGCAGUCUUUGAUUUGUAUGACAUCCUAUUGAAUAUCGUGACCGUUCAUUUUAUUUUUCUUAUGGUACAUAGUCCUUGUUAGCACCAAAAAAUGAAUGAAUUAUGUCUUUCAUAUUGUAA